UCACUCACGUUCGGAACAUUAUAAAAAUAUGAUCCAAAAAGAAGAGUAUUUUAGUAUAAAUAAAAUUCUAUUGCUCAUGAUCGGUUUAUGGCCUUAUCAACAAUCCAACUUUACUAGAUUUCAACAUAUUUUAGUCAUUAUUACAUUGAUAGCGAUUAUUAUAUUUCAGCUGACUGUAUUUCUAACGUUAAGUUGUACUUUGGAUUUGCUCAUGAAGAUUUUGUCUUCCAUAUUCUUCUUCGCUAUCUUUAUAAUAAAGUAUAACGCAUUCUGUUUUAACAUCAAAGGUGUAAAGAAUUUAAUGAUGCAGCUUCAGAAUGUACACAACAGAUUAAAGGAUCAAAAUGAAAUUACUAUUAUGAGAAAAUAUAACUACAAUGCGAAGCGUUAUACAAUUAUAAUUACAACACUUGGAAUUUGCGGAAUAUUUGGUGAUAUUAUAUUGCAAUUUUGGAUGAAUAUGGUUGACAAUUCAGCAAAGAAUUCGUCUCAAUCAUUCCACUUUCUAAUUACAACAGAGUACUUCAUUGAUCAAAAAAAGUAUUUUUAUUUGAUUUUUUUGCACAUUAACGCAGCCAUUUGCGUUGGUGUUAUUUCAAUAAUAGCAAUUGGUACAGUAAACAUUGUGUACAUUCAGCAUAUCUGUGGGAUGUUCAGAAUAGCUAGUUAUCGUAUCGAGUGUGUGAUAAAUAUUAACAACGUUUCGCUGAAAAAUGAGAACUGGAUGGCCAAAGGCUUAAUUUAUGCUGUAGAUAUUCAUCGGCAAGCUAUGAUAUUGGCUAAAUAUUUCACAUCCACAUUCCAGAAAAUGUUUGCUUGUUUAAUAGUGUGUGGUGUGGCUUUAUGUAGCCUUAGCUUGUUUCAAUUAUCAUCGUUAAAAAAUGACAUCCAGAAGCUUUUCAUAUCAUUUUUAUCUGUGUUAAUGAUUAUCAUAUACAUGUUUUUAACCAAUCUUAUGGGGCAAAAUAUUACUGACCACAAUAAUUAUGUACUUACUACUGUGUACAACGUUAAAUGGUAUAAAACUCCUUUACAUAUCCAAAAAAUGAUACUAUUUCUGUUGCAAAUAGGAGCCAAAGAAUUUACUUUAAACAUUGCUGGAUUAAUUCAUGGAUCUAUGGAGGGUUUCGCUAUGCUAACAAAAGCCUCGAUAUCUUACUUCACUGUGAUACAUUCUCUAUGAUAGUAAAUUAAAUAUGUAUACAGUACGGUGAGAAUAUAUGUAGUUAAUGAAGAAACAGUGUUUAUGCUUAGAAGAUAGAAACGUUCUCAUUCAAUGUAUAAAACAACUAGAUAUUUUGUUGCUAAAAAAGAGACUUAAAGUUCUUCAAAUCAAAACAUUAGUAUGUAUUUUAGAUCAUUUUUAGAAUAAAAGUUUUCAGAACAGAAUAUUUGUAUUAGUGUAGUUUAAAUAUAAAUAAUGCAUAUUUAAAUAUUUUUCAUUAUCUUCUGUUAUAUUUUCCUAUGCGCAAUUUGUUACUGACACAUU